CUCAAGUCUCCUCCUCCCUCGCGGCUCACGCAACAACUGAGAUCGCCGCGGCCUUUUCCUCUCGCUUUUGAGCUGCCUCGCGCGCGGCCGCGGAAACGUACGUGCGCGCUCCGACACCGUUGCUGCGCUCUCCGGCGGUUGGUCGAUGAGGACGACGAGGAAGGAGAAGGCGUCGGCGUGGAGGUCGCUGCUGGGCGGCUGCCUCGGCGGCGGAGGAGGAGCGAAGGGGGACAGCAGCAGGCAGCAGCGGAAGGUGCGGCCGGGCGGCGGGCGGCUGUCGUUCACGGACCUGAGUGGCGCGGCGGACCAGGACCUGUCGGUGUCGCUGGUGGGGUCCAACCUCCACGUGUUCAGCGUCGCCGAGCUCAAGGACGCCACGCGCGGCUUCGUCUCCGGCAACUUCCUCGGCGAGGGCGGCUUCGGCCCGGUCUACAAGGGCUUCGUCGCCGACGGCGUCAAGAAGGGGCUCAAGGCGCAGGCCAUCGCCGUCAAGCUCUGGGACCCCGAGGGCGCGCAGGGCCACAAGGAGUGGCUGGCGGAGGUGAUCUUCCUGGGGCAGCUCCGGCACCCAAACCUGGUGAAGCUGGUCGGCUACUGCUGCGAGGACGAGCACCGCCUGCUCGUCUACGAGUACAUGGAGCACGGCAGCCUCGAGAACCACCUCUUCAAACAGAUUCCUGCCGUGCUGCCAUGGUCAACCCGACUAAACAUUGCAGUAGGCGCCGCGAAGGGUUUGGCGUUCCUCCACGACGCAGAGAAGCCGGUGAUCUACCGUGACUUCAAGGCCUCCAACAUCUUGCUCGAUUCGAACUACAAGGCGAAGCUGUCAGACUUUGGGCUUGCCAAGGACGGCCCGGAGGGCGACGACACCCACGUGUCGACGCGCGUGAUGGGCACGCACGGCUACGCGGCGCCGGAGUACAUCAUGACGGGCCACCUGACGGCGAAGAGCGACGUGUACAGCUUCGGCGUGGUGCUGCUGGAGAUCCUGACGGGCCGGCGGUCGGUGGACAAGACGCGGCCCAGCCGGGAGCAGAACCUGGUGGACUACGCGCGGCCGUGCCUCAAGGACCCGCUCAAGCUGGCCCGGAUCAUGGACCCGGCCAUGGAGGGCCAGUACUCGGCGCAGGCGGCCCAGAGCGCGGCCCUCGUCGCGUACCGGUGCCUCAGCGGCAGCCCCAAGAACCGGCCGGACAUGUCCGCCGUCGUCGAGGCCCUGGAGCCACUGCUCAGCCUCAAGGACGACGUGCCCCUGGGGCCAGUGGGACCAGUUGGCCCGGUGGUGCUUUUCGUGGCGGCGACGGAGACGCCGGCGGCGGCGGAGGAGAAGAAGGAGCGGACGCCGAGGAAGGACGUCCGCCGGCGCAGGCCCAUGUCGCCGAAGGCGAGCCCCAGGAAGCGCGGCGGCGCCGGCCAGAAGGAGGAGUUCUGGGUGUGGCACCUGCCGGCCGAGCAGAAGGCGUGACACGUCGACCGUGCUCGAGCCGUUUGUGUGCAGUGCAUGCGUGUGUGUACAUAUGAGAUGGCGAGGUGAUAUUGGUUAGGAUUAUAUGCAUCCCUGUAAAUUUCAUUGGGUUUUUAUUUUCUUUUCUGUUGUUACAGUGAGAUGCAGAGUGUGGCUCAAAACUAGAGCAAUUUAUACACCGGAAGCUUUCUGUUCUCUACACAUGUAUGCUUGUCUUCAGACGAAGCUGCAAAAGAAUUGCACAAAAACAUGUGUGCAGGCCA